UUUUUAGAUAAAGGAGUUCUUCAAAAAUCAAUGCUUGACAAUUUAUUUCAAAUUUUUGAUUAUUCAGCUACCUUCUACAACGAUCUUCUCUCCAGUAUGGAUCUUGAACAUUUGAAAAUUGAUCAAUUUAUAAGAAUUAUGGAAAUUUCAGAAAGAUUUCGAUUAUUUGGACAACGACAUUUUGGCAAUUCUUGCUCAUUAAUAGCAUUAACACUAGAAAAUAAAUCGAAAUCUUUUUUUGCCCACUACCACAUGGAAAGAAUUGAUGAAAUACAUAUGUUUUUAGAAAGUGAAACAUUCACUCUUUGUCCUGUGUCUGUACAAUUUACUCUUUUUGAUUUACCAGUAAGUUUAUUUUCCUAUUGUAUAUUCAUUAACCGCUUAACAUGA